UGCGCGCCCGCAGCCGUGCAGGGCUUGUAGCUGCGGGCAGGAGGACCGCGCGGCGGAACCGGGCGCCGGAGGCGGAGGAGCUGAACCAGGGCGGAGAGCGGCCACCAGCUCUGCAGGUGCCACUGAUCCGGAGCGGGCGGCCCGGGCCGGGCGGGUCAGCGGCCUCCGGGCGACAGGGGGCGGCCUCGCCCACCGCGACAGCUCGGGUCCUGGCACCCGCGCCCUUCGCGCGGCACGGCGACCUCGGCUGCGCGCCGCGUCGGCCGGGCAUGGCGGCCUGGAGCCUGGCCGCGGGGCCGCCUGUGCUCCGCCGGAGCCGCAGGCUUCCUCUUCUCUACUUUGUCCAUCGGAUGUUUGCUUCCCAGACGGAGGGGGAGCUCAAAGUGACUCAGGUUCUCAGAGAAAAGUUCCCUCAAGCUACAGCUAUCAAGGUCACCGACAUUUCAGGAGGCUGCGGGGCGAUGUAUGAAAUUAAAAUCGAAUCAGAAGAAUUUAAGGAGAAGAGAACUGUCCAGCAGCACCAGAUGGUUAAUCAGGCACUAAAAGAAGAAAUCAAAGGGAUGCACGGACUGCGGAUAUUUACCUCUGUCCCCAAACACUGACUCUGCCCUAGCUGUGUAGAUGCUGCUGCCUAAAGCCCUGGAUGACUUCACCUACAGCAUUCUUCGCUGAAAAAUUUGUCUAUUUUUGUUCACAGAGAUUUCUAUAUUAUAAUUAUAGAAGAUAUAUUAUCUACAUAGAUGUUCAUUAAAAGCCAUAGACCACU